AUGAUUGUCAAUUGUGAACAGAAUGAAAGCAUCAAGAAAGUUGAAUCUUUCUCAGCCUUACAAUCAUAAAUCACUGAUAUAUUCGCAAGUAAUGAUUAAAGCUUGAUUAACUCAGUCUUUACUAUAUGUCUCAACCAUCUUGAUCAUCCUUUAAACACUGUUGCAGUAAUUUCAAAGUCCUUAGUCAAGAAAACCCUGCACUAAGCUGAUAAACAAAAGGUCAGAAGCUUAUACCUUCCUGAAAUAGAGAGAUUGAAAGUUCGUGGAUACAAAUCUAGAUUCAUAGGCCUUAAUAUCAUUAUUGACUACGUUGAUCCCUUCACAUACCUAGAGGAAAAUCCAGGUGCUGUUCAAGAGAUAAUGGAAAGCACUAUUGAGGCAGUUACUACUGGCAAGUAUGUGAUUAAUUUCUUUGAGUCAGUUCUUAAGAAGGCAAUGGGCAAAAGUGUUGAAUAAGAAUAGAAGUCCAAGAGAAAACCUGAGAGAAGCGGUAUGUGCUCUUAUAACACCUAUAGUCAUAAAAAUCAAUAAGAACUCUCUCCCAUAUAUCUUUUAUUGACUGACCCAACCACUGGGAGAUAGAGAAGCCUGACUACCUAGACAUUAGACCAGAUCUUAACCUUACUUAAGAUUGCUAGAUCUAACAAGAUGCUUAUCAUUGAUGAGACUCACAUCAGAUUAGAAAAGAAAUGCCAAGAAUCACUCAAUCAGCUUAAGCCUGAACUCCCAGAUUUCAUGUUUCCCCACGAAUACCUUUUGAAGCUAGUACUAAGUGAGAACUUUUAGACUUGCUUGAAUUGCAUUGAAAUCGUAGCUAUGGAGGUUAAGCAGACAUGCAGCAUAACUAAAUUUGAAUAUGAAAUGGCUAAUAGAUUCAUCAAGAAUUGCCUUAGGACCACAUUCCCUGAAUUCAGAUAGAAGUACAUCAAAGCUAUCAAGUCCUUUAUUAUAAGACUCAGGACUUCAACAGACAAAGACAUUAGGAAAUAUGUAGCAAGUGAAGAGGGGUAAAUGACUGAAAAUGUUCAGCAAGUGGUAGAUUUCAUGAGAGAUAUCAUAACCUUUAUCCAAGAUAAUCUCUACCUUGAUAAACCAGUUGAGGGUGCUCUCCCCUUGUUUGAAAUCUUUAAGAUCUUUAUUGAACUUUUCGGAGACUAUGAAUACAAACUGAGAAUUACUCAAAUUUACCCACCAUGUCAUUUGAUAUCUAAAGCCAAACUUUUAGAGUAGCAAAGUUUCUUCGUGUUUUUACUAAACUCUCUCAAAAGUACCUGGACCUAAGUUAGAAUGUACAGUUAUGAUAUAUUGAUAAGAUACCCAGAUAAUUACCCACUGUAUCAAGACAAGAACUUCAUCAACACUGUAAUUUUAUAGACUGCUCUUGAACUAGCAAACAACCCAAAGGCUAUGCUUGCUGAGGCAUCAGCUUUAUUCUUCAACUUGAUUCUGAAGAAGUGCCUUCGCCAGUUGGAUUUUUUAGACAUCCAGGAUGGAACUCAAGACGACUAAGAUUUGCAACUUCAAUACCUCAAAUACAUUUUAUCGCUCAUUCAAAAAAGGGUCACCACAUUCUAAGUCUCUCUGAUUAAGGAAGGCAAAAAAGAGGCAUUACUUCACGGGCUUUUAUCAUUCUUCAAGCAUCUCUUUGAAGACUUUAAGAUCAAUGUUAAUCCAGAGACUAACCCUGAGGCGUUCCAGAAAUGGAGAACUUUCUUUAAAGAUCUGCUAGAUACAUGCCUUAGCAUUUCUCAAGUUUGCAAGGGUUUGAUAUCUAACAACGGACUAAUGAGUGAUGCUGAGGGCGUUGAGGGAGGAAUUGGAGAGAUCAAAGUAGACUGCAGAGGUCAUCCCAUCAAAAUGGAUGGGCUUGGCGAAGGUGUCGAAAAUGAAGACUAUGAGAAUCUCAUCUUAGUUGGAGUUUGGCUUGCAGUUAAAGAGGAUGGAUUGACUUUGUUCAACUUUUUGAAGUGGUUAGAUUUCCCCACUAGCAGAGACGACAAUACUAAGUUUAUUGUAGAUCAGGACAUUCAUCUACUCUGUGAUAGCUUCCUUGAUAUGCUAUUCAACUUCAAGCACAGAGGUGCAAUAGAGAAAGCUGCUGAAACAUUCUCCCUAUUCUGUCAAAAAUUAUUAUCAUCCCCAGAUGCUUACUACAAGUCACUUCCAGAGAGAAUGCUUGAUUAAGCACUUGAAAAGAUAACUACUGAGAACUUAAGUACUAUCUUGAGAAGAUCAGCUGGUAUUCCCCCUACUAUCAUAGCUAUCUUAAGAGCCGAACCAAUCUCUGCUGAACCAAUACUCCUAAAUAAAACUUUAGAAUUCCUCCUUAAACUAGCUUAGGAAUCAGUUAGCGAGAGAGAUGACUCUAAGAUCCAUGCCUUGAAUAUUAUGAGAUUCAUUUUCUAGGAUGCUUUCCUUAGACAUGACGUGCAAAAGUUCAUCACACCAGCUAUGAUUUUAGCAACAGAGUCUUUCAGCUCCAAUAGUUGGUCUAUUAGAAAUAGUGCCUUAAUGGCUUUUACCGCUCUCACCAAGCGUAUUCUUAACAACUUGCAUGUCCAGGAUCAAGAUUUAUCGAGAACCAAGGGUCUAUCAGUCUUUGAGUUCCUUACUAAAUAUGAAAAGCUUAGCAAUUACUUCCAAAUUAAGCUUAAAGAAGGCCUUAAACUGACUGGCAAGAUCUAGAAAGAAGAAAAGGAGAAGUAAGAUUUGGUUAUAUUCAGUAUCUUAUUGCUCAUUUCAAGACUUAUUCCUUCGUUCUAAUUGGUUGAAAAUAUUGAGGAAGCCAAGAAUGAAAAUAAACAAGUAGAAGAGGAGAAAUCAGAAUUGACUAAUGACUUGAGAUCAUCAAAAUUUGAGGCUAUUGAUGAGUACGUAAGGCUGAUCAAAACAUACGGAGGCAAUGCUACUUACUUUGUAAGAAAAAUCAGUGCGUAAGCCUUAUUACCACUGAUUAAGUUUGAUUCUUACAUUGAUGAAAUCAAGGACUGCUACAGUUAAAUCCAAAAUUCCCUUGCUGAUUCAAAGUCAAAGCUAAGGCAAAACACAGCUCACGGUUUAUUCAUCAGACUACAUGUCUUCUAAUCAGCCUACUUCCAGUAUAGAGAUAUUACAAACAAGCAACUAGGACCAGGCCAUUAUUAAAAUGUCUAAGUUCAAAGAAAGGUAGAAGAAGUGACUCUAGUUCAAUGCUUUGAAAAGUUUGAGACUCAUUAUGAGAAGGCUGAAUAAACUUAUUCCAGAAUCAGCAUAGCUCUAUAUGUUAAAUCCUUUUAUAAGGCUGUUAAUAAGCUUAGAAACUAUACUAUCUCUGAGGAGACUAUCUCUAGAUAUCAUCAAAGAUUCUAAGUUUUGAUGAGUGAGUUAUAGGGAUAAGAACUUAGCAGUGAUAAACAGAUUAUAUUGCAGUAAAUCGCAAGACUUCUUAUCGUACUUAAUCUCAAGACUAUUAUUUAAAAGAAUCCUAAUUCAACUUAGAAUGAGAAUAAUAUCUUUGAGAUAGUCAAGUCAAUCGUCGGAUCAUUUAUUGAUAACUACAGUGAUUUUGUAUAUACAUUUUUAAAUCAAUAUAAUACCAUGGCUCUAAGGACUUUGUCAAGAAUUUAAGUGACUACGUUAGUGUAACACAGCUAAACUACCUUCUUCAAAAGUAAACUUAUUUUAGAAAUAACUAUUAGGGAUGAGAAAUAUUGCAAAGUAAUUGAGAACCUUUUGAUUAUAUCUUACAAGCUUUUAAAGUAGAAUACCUAACUCUACAACCAAGACUUUACUGAGACUUUAUUUAGCUACUUCCACAAAUGCAACUCAAACCCUUCAAUCCUAUCUCAAGUCCUUAAACUCCUUACUAUCGCAGCAGAAAGAGAUCUCAGUCAAAAAUAGGCUCAAUCAACUUUAGUAUGUGAUGUUGCAUAAUUCCUAUAUAACUAUUCAAAUAUGGACCAUAAGGAGUAAGUUAGAAUCGCAGUAUCAAAAUCAAUUGGCAAACUUAUCAAACACUUGAGGAUCUCAAAUGACUCUAUAUUUGUAUCUAGCUUAGAGUAUUUCAGUGCUUAUUGCAAUGUGAUAUCAGCAAUGGUUUUGCUAUUGAAUGACGAACAACCAGAUAUAAGAUACUAUCUCUGCCAUUACGGUCUCACCCAAGUCAUUGAGAAUAAUCAGGAAUGGACUAUUUAACAUGCUUAGAAUGAAUAAGGCUAGGAUCAAGAGAUGAUAGCUGUCACUCUCAAUGAUGAAUUAAUAUAAGUCAGAUUAUUCUAGGACAUCACAGACAAGCUUAUGGCUAUUAAUAAUGAGAACAUACUUAAGCACUUUGCCAAUGAAUUCCUACUCAAAUAAUGGAUACUAGCCAACCCUUAUAGAGAUCAUUUGGCUAAGAAUUUCGAGGAUAAGAUCUUCUUCUUUGAACCUAUUAAUAAGUUUUAUGAUCUCCUCUGGGUCAAAAGAAUUGCUUUCAGAAGUUUAAUUCAAGUUAUCUCUUAUCUUGACUACACUUUGAUUUCAGAGGAACAGUUGGGCAAUCUUGAAAAAUCUAUUAUAAGCUUUUACUCUGAUGACUAAGUAUUGAGACAGUCAUCAACUAAUUUUGAGAAGGUAGUAGAAGUUAUAAUUCUACAUAGACUCAGAAACGGCUUGGAACAGACUCAGACUGUAGCUGCCUCUGAUAAAAAUGAUCAAUACAUUAGAGAAUUACUCUAGUGA